AUGUACGAAUUUGUAUCUGGUGAUUUUAAGUUUCUGGCUACUGUGCGAGUACAUGACGAGCCCACUUCCUUUCCACUGGCCUUGGCUCCAUGCAGGUUGCUCCCUGUCAAAGCUUUUAGUAUUAUGGAUCAAAAAACGUGGCUUUGGAGGAAAAAAUCCUCAGAAAAGACAAUUAUAACAGCUGAGAACACCGAUCUCACUUCGAAAGAAAAUGAAGAGGUACAAGCACUUGUAGCUGAUAAAGAAGAAUUAGAGAAAGACUUGAAAAGAUUAAAUAACAAGCUUGAUUCCGCACUUUCUGACUGUAAUGCAAAAGAUGAGCUGGUGAAGAAACAAACAAAAGUUGCACAAGAAGCAAUGGCUGGUUUGAAGAAGGCAGAAGCUGAAGUGUUGUCCAUGAAGCAAGAUCUGGAUGAAGCUUUGCAGCAGCGAAUAGUUUAUGAAGAGAGAGUAGCCCACUUGGAUGGAGCUCUCAAGGAAUGUAUGCAGCAGUUACGAUUUGUUCGAGAAGAACAAGGGCAAAGGAUUCAUGAUGCAGUGAUGAAGGCUUCAAAAGAAUUUGAAAAAGAGCGCAUGGUAUUUUUGGAGAAGUUAUCUGAGACAAGUAAAAAGCUUGCAAAAGCUGAGAUUGAUAACUCUCAUCUUACUAAAUCUUUAUUUGCAAGAGAAAAUUUGAUUGAAGACCUGAAAAGGCUGUUGACUCAAGCUGAGGCAGAUCAUAGUGCACUAAUGGUUAGAUUAGAGUCCACUGAGAAGGAUAAUACCUCUCUGACAUAUGAGGUUCGUGUGCUUGAAAAGGAACUUGAGAUCCGAAAUGAGGAGAGGGAAUUUAGUCGACGGACAGCAGAUGCUUCUCACAAGCAGCACAUGGAGAGUAUUAAAAAAAUUGCCAAUUUAGAAUCCGAAUGUCAGAGGCUGCGCCUUCUGGUUCGGAAACGGUUACCAGGUCCUGCUGCCCUAGCUAAAAUGAAAAAUGAAGUUGAAAUGUUGGGACGGGAUUCAUUUGAAAUGAGGAAGAGCAAAUUGAGCUCAUCCAGUGUAGUGGUUGAAUCUUCAGUUGAUGCUUCUCCUGAGACUCCCAAUCGAAGAAUCAGUAUUUUGACCGAGCAGUUAUGUGCUAUGGAAGAAGAAAAUAAGACUUUAAAAGAAUCCCUGAAUAGAAAAAUGAAUGAGCUCCAAUUCUCUAGAGUAAUGCUUUCUCGCACAGCUUCCAAACUUUUGCAUCUUGAGUCGCAGAUUGAAGAGUUACCAAAAGGUCAAGUAACAGUGGAACAGCAUAGAAGUAACCUCGCAUCACAUGAGUUCUCUUUGGCAUCAAUAUCUGAUGCAGGCAGUGAUGACAAGGCUAGCUGUGCGGAGUCCUGGGCUUCCGCAUUGAUUUCAGAAUUGGAGCACUUUAAAGGUGGAAAGCAAAAGGAACCAUAUUCAUGCAAUAGUGUUGGAGCUUCAGACCUAAAUCUUAUGGAUGACUUUGUUGAAAUGGAAAAAUUAGCAGUGGUCUCUGUUGAAAAAGCCACUCAAAGUCCAUCUGCUUCUUUGAAAGCUGUUAAUGAGAUCAAUGGCUUCUCAGAGACUGGGACAAAGGAGAGUAUUCCUGAAGAAGAACGUAAAGAGAUCAUUCCAGUGCCUGAUCACAUUUUGACCCAGACAAGUGAGACCAUCCCGGAAGUAGUAGGUAUGGAGAUCAUUCCAGUGUCUGAUAAUCUCUCAAAGUCAAAUAAGAACACCUGUUCCAUGGACCUAUUUACGGACAUUGUUCCUGGUUGGCUUCAGGAUGUAGUAAAAAUGGUCCUGGAACAAAACCAUGUUAGUCACAAAGGCCCUGAUGAUAUACUUGAUGAUAUUAGAGUAGCUCUGAGGCAUGUGAACAAUCCCGAAUUGUGCGACUUUGAUUCAAGCAAAGGGUCUGGUCAUAUUGACAGACAGAAUCCUCCCCAGUGUAUUCAUUGCAUCUCAUGUUCAAAAAGUUCUUUGGCUGUUAAUCCAUCCGGUGAGGAAAAUAAUGCUGACAUCUUGUCUAUAAAGAGAAUAGAACCACAAUCUCAGGAAGAUCGGUGUAAAUCAAUUGGAAAGAUAAUUGAGAUUGUUGAACGAAUCAGUCUGCCUGCUGUGGAUUAUGAUAGUUCAGAUCCCUUGCACAAAGGAGAUGGGGAUAUCCUUUCCUACAAGAAUCUAGGAAUGCCAACAGGCUACAUGGUCCGUGUUUUCCAGUGGAAAACAUCUGAACUCAGUGAUGUUCUAGGGCAAUUUCUACAUGUGUGUUAUGAUUUACUGAGUGGCAAGACUGAUUAUGAAAAUUUUGCGAAAGAACUAACAACAACACUGGAUUGGAUUAUGAACCACUGCUUUUCACUUCAGGAUGUUUCUAGUAUGAGAGAUGCUAUCAAGAAACAAUUUGAUUGGGAUGAGACACGGAGUGAAGGUGAAACAGAGAAUGAGCUGACGAAUCAUUUUGCAGAGAAAGAUGAGUUGCAUCUUCCCAGACAAAACUUGUCAUCUUUCCCUGAAUUAACUACUUCACAUGGUCAUGAUUUUCAGCAUGGAGAGAUAUAUUAUAAUCAGGCAGAACUUACAAAUAUCAAAGAUAAAUUAAUCAUUGCUGAAUCCCAAAAGGAAGUCUUGGAAGGGAAGCUUCAAUCAGCUACUGAUAGGAUUGAAUCCUUAAUGAGUCAAAUCCAGCAAUCAGAGAAAACUACUGACAGCUUGAGAUUUGAGAUACAAUCCUUUAAAGAAUCCAACGGAAAGCUUGAGAAGGAAAUAAGAAAUCAGAAACUCAUUAAUUCAAAUCUUGAUGCACAGCAUACAGAAGCAGAAUUAAAAGCGGCUAAUGACAAGGUUUUGGCUUUAGAAGUGGAACUGGAGAAUAAGAACAGCAAUUAUGAAGAAUUAGAGGCCAAAUGUCUUGAAUUGCAGCUCCAGCUUGAAAGCAUCUCAAAGGAGUGCUCCAACCGUGACAUUAGUGAGAAAGAUAAGCCACUGCGUAAUGACUGGGAGAUAACAGCUGCUUCAGAAAAGUUGGCAGAGUGUCAAGAAACCAUCCUUAAUCUUGGAAAGCAGUUGAAAGCAAUGGCUGCACCAAAGGAUGCAUCCCUUUUUGAAAAUGUUGUUACCACCCAAUUUAAUACAAUUACCAACACUGCCGCCACCACCAUUACCACGGCUAAUGUGGAUCCAAGUCCUACCCUUCCGAAAGUCUUAAAAGUGAAAAAUCGGUCCCUACUUGACCAGAUGCUAGCUGAUGAUACUAUAGCCAAGGUUCCCAAAGCAAGUGAUGGCAACUCCAACCUCAUCAUUCCCCGCGUUAUAGAGCCCCUAGAAAAGAUUUUAGUUUUGAACGGUGUUAAAGGUCAUGAAGACAGAAGUACUGAUAAUUCUUUGGCAGUUGUAUCCGCUAAGAGACGAGGAAGUGGAAGUUUGUGGAGGAAGUUAUUAAGGAUAAAGAAGAGAAGUGCCAGCAUGAAAACAUCCCUCUAG